CUGCUGUGCUUAUGUUUCACAGGCAACGUCCCAUUAAUGCAGAAAAGAUAUAAAGCAGCAGUGCAGUGACAGCAGGAAAAGGUAAAUACAAGAAAAGGUUCCCAUUUUAAAAGCCAUUGGAAGACACUCUGCCACCCUCUUGGAUUACUUCCCACCUGACUCAGCAUGUCACUGUGCCCUGGAUUUUACAAGGUGGCCAUGAUUUAAUCCCCACUUCCCACUCCUAUGUAUUGGUGAAGCAUUGGGGCUCUUUUGAGCUGCUGUUACUCCUGUGGGAACUGAUCUGUCUCCAGUCCCUUCUCCCAAGGACUAGACAUUGCCAGCAAUGAGCUCCCAAAGCCAUCCAGAUGGGCUUUCUGGCAGAGACCAGCCAGUGGAGCUGUUGAAUCCACCUCGAGUGAACCACAUGCCCAGCUCUGUUGACGUGAGCACAGCCCUGCCCUUGCAAGUGGCGCCGAGCUCGGUGCCCAUGGACCUGCGGCUGGACCACCAGUUCUCCAUGCCGGUGACAGAGCCCACGCUGCGGGAGCAGCAGCUGCAGCAGGAGCUGCUGGCCCUCAAGCAGAAGCAGCAGAUCCAGAGGCAGAUCCUGAUUGCAGAGUUCCAGCGGCAGCAUGAGCAGCUUUCCCGGCAGCACGAGGCGCAGCUGCACGAACACAUCAAGCAGCAGCAGGAGAUGCUGGCCAUGAAGCAUCAGCAGGAGCUCUUGGAGCACCAGAGGAAGUUGGAGCAGCACCGACAGGAGCAGGAGCUGGAGAAGCAGCACCGAGAGCAGAAACUGCAGCAGCUGAAAAACAAAGAGAAAGGGAAAGAGAGUGCAGUGGCAAGCACAGAAGUGAAGAUGAAGUUGCAGGAAUUUGUGUUAAACAAGAAGAAGGCUCUGGCCCACCGGAAUCUCAACCACUGCAUAUCCAGCGACCCUCGCUUCUGGUACGGGAAGACUCAGCACAGCUCUCUGGACCAGAGCUCCCCACCCCAAAGCGGCGUCUCCGGCACCUACAACCACCCGGUCCUGGGGAUGUACGAUUCCAAAGACGACUUCCCACUCAGAAAAACAGCCUCUGAACCCAACCUGAAGCUGCGCUCCAGACUAAAGCAGAAGGUGGCAGAGAGGAGGAGCAGCCCCCUCCUGCGCAGGAAGGACGGGCCUGUGGUGACGGCGCUCAAGAAGCGCCCUCUGGAUGUCACAGGUACUGCGGACUCUGCAUGCAACAGUGCUCCUGGAUCUGGUCCCAGCUCUCCGAACAACAGCUCCAACAACAUCAGCACUGAGAACGGAAUCGCAGGAUCAGUCACGAGUAUCCAAGCAGAGACCAGCCUGGCUCACAGGCUCGUGAACCGCGAGGGCUCCGUGACACAGCUCCCGCUCUACACCUCGCCCUCCCUGCCCAACAUCACGCUAGGACUGCCUGCCACCGGCCCCUCCAGCGCGGGACAAGCACAGCAGGAUGCAGAGAGGCUCGCAAUCCCAGCCUUACAGCAGCGGAUCUCCUUAUUCCCUGGCACUCACCUCACUCCCUACCUGAGCACUACAACGUUGGAGAGGGAUGGGGGAACUGCACACAACCCUCUCCUGCAGCACAUGGUCCUACUGGAACAGCCAACUGCACAAACGCCCCUGGUCACAGACUGGUAUCUUUCAGGACUGCCCCUGCACGCACAGCCCCUGGUGGGUGGAGAGAGGGUCUCCCCUUCGAUCCACAAGCUGCGGCAGCACCGCCCGCUCGGGCGCACCCAGUCUGCUCCCCUGCCCCAGAACGCCCAGGCCCUCCAGCAGCUGGUGAUCCAGCAGCAGCACCAGCAAUUCCUGGAGAAACACAAACAGCAAUUCCAGCAGCAGCAGCUGCACAUCAACAAGAUCAUCUCCAAGCCCACGGAGCCGGCGCGGCAGCACGAGAGUCACCCCGAGGAGACGGAGGAGGAGCUGCGGGAGCACCAGGCCCUGCUGGAGGAGCCCUACGGCGACAGGGCCGCGGGCCAGAAGGAGCCCCCGGCGCUGGCCAGCGUGGUGCAGGUCAAGCAGGAGCCCAUCGAGAGCGAUGAGGAGGAGGCAGAGCCGCAGCAGGAGCUGGAGUCCGGGCAGAGGCAGGCGGAGCAGGAGCUGCUCUUCCGCCAGCAAGCCCUGCUUCUGGAGCAGCAGCGGAUUCACCAGCUGAGGAACUACCAGGCGUCGCUGGAGGCCGCUGGCAUGCCCGUGUCCUUCGGGGGACACCGGCCCCUGUCCCGGGCACAGUCCUCCCCCGCCUCAGCCACCUUCCCCAUGUCCGUGCAGGAGCCACCCACUAAGCCAAGGUUCACAACAGGCCUUGUGUACGACACGUUGAUGCUGAAGCACCAGUGCACCUGUGGAAACACCAACAGCCACCCCGAGCACGCGGGCAGGAUCCAGAGCAUCUGGUCCAGGCUCCAGGAGACGGGGCUGCGGGGCAAGUGUGAGUGCAUCCGUGGCAGAAAGGCAACGCUGGAAGAACUGCAGACGGUUCACUCGGAAGCCCACACGCUGCUUUAUGGCACAAACCCUCUGAACAGGCAGAAACUGGACAGCAAGAAGCUUCUAGGUUCCCUAACGUCGAUGUUUGUCAGGCUGCCUUGCGGUGGUGUCGGGGUUGACAGUGACACCAUUUGGAACGAGGUGCACUCGUCUGGCGCUGCUCGCCUGGCCGUGGGCUGUGUCAUCGAGCUGGUGUUCAAAGUGGCCACAGGAGAACUGAAGAAUGGAUUUGCUGUUGUCCGGCCCCCGGGCCACCACGCGGAGGAGAGCACACCCAUGGGUUUCUGCUAUUUUAACUCUGUGGCAAUUGCAGCCAAGCUGCUCCAGCAAAGGCUCAAUGUGAGCAAAAUCCUCAUCGUGGACUGGGAUGUCCACCAUGGGAAUGGUACUCAGCAGGCCUUCUACAACGAUCCCAACGUCCUUUAUAUCUCACUACACCGCUAUGAUGAUGGCAACUUCUUCCCAGGCAGCGGUGCUCCAGAUGAGGUUGGCACAGGAGCAGGAGUCGGUUUCAAUGUUAACAUGGCAUUUACUGGUGGCCUGGAUCCGCCCAUGGGAGACACGGAAUAUUUAACUGCCUUCAGGACAGUAGUGAUGCCCAUUGCCAAUGAGUUUGCCCCAGACGUUGUGCUGGUGUCAUCUGGUUUCGAUGCUGUGGAAGGGCACCCCACACCCCUCGGAGGAUACAAUCUGUCAGCAAAAUGCUUCGGGUACCUGACGAAGCAGCUGAUGGGCCUGGCCGGGGGCCGCGUCGUGCUGGCCCUGGAGGGUGGCCACGACCUCACGGCCAUCUGUGAUGCCUCGGAGGCUUGUGUGUCAGCCCUGCUGGGAAACGAGCUUGACCCUCUUCCGGAGAAGGUUUUCCAGCAGAGAGCAAACGCUAAUGCGGUGCAUUCCAUGGAGAAAGUCAUUGAGAUCCACAGCAAAUACUGGCAUUCCCUCCAGCGUUUCGCCUCCACGGUGGGAUAUUCCCUGGUGGAGGCCCAGAAGUGUGAGAAUGAGGAGGCGGAGACGGUGACGGCCAUGGCAUCACUGUCAGUGGGCGUGAAGCCGGCGGAGAAGAGACCUGAGGACGAACCCAUGGAAGAGGAGCCUCCACUGUAGCACCCACCUUCGAGCUGGAGUUCUCCUGUCUGUUCGUCUUCGUCUUGAAGCUCUGCCAAGAAGCUUUCUCUUGUUACUCCUGCGUCCUGUCACGGUUAUUUCCCGAACACGGAAGGACAGCCAGGUGUAAAGCAAAGCAAGCGACACAAAAAAACAAAUCUCUCCGCAUCUUUGAGUCUCUUUUUGCCGAAAAAGAACCGCUGGUGAAGAGCAGCAAAGGACUGACACGUUGGGCACUCUUCCUCUGGUCCUCACCGGGAGCGGAAAGAGGAAUGAUGCCUGGAAGUCUUUGGCAGAGUUGCCAAACAAAAAA